AGACAUGUUUACAACAUAAUUUGUUCUCUUCUAAUCAGUUUUCAGCAUUCAUUUCGGUAUCAUUUCAGUAAAAAUCAUCGAUUAGUGUUUAAAAAGACAUUGUGGCGUUAUCAAAUCAUGUACGCUCGAAAAUUAUCACAAAAUUUGAGCCCCCUCGGAACUCCCAACAUGAAGGGAGCACUAGCGGAAAAGUGCAUAGAGGGUUUCACUUUUGCCAAAGGGACUGUAAUGCGACGGCAAUUCUCUAAAUGGAAAGACGUAAAGGACUUGAAAGAUAAACUGAGCAGCAUAAUUGACAAAGCAAAAGUUCUGAAGGAAAAUCUGUUCAGGAAAUCGAAUUCGGAAAAGACUUUCAAGAUGUGGAUAAGACAGUUUGAGUGUGUUAUUGCUCAAAGGGUAAGAAGAGGGCAACAAAUGUUUAGUUUAUAUUCGAGGUUGUGGGAAGAAAGAGCUCUGAAAGAACUUGUGAGGAGGUUAAGAAUUAGUUUCACUCGUAAUGGGAGAGAAUUUAUAAUAGGUGCUACAGGUAUAUCACUCUUCAACUGGGAAGAUAAUAGAAUAAGAGACGAAGAGUUUGAGAAACAUUUAGAUGACCUUGAUUAUAUUGAAGUUCUGAAAGAAAAUACAAUGAAUUCUCCAGAUGGAAAGUCUAACAGUAGUAGUUCAACCAGUAUUAAAUCGAAAAGCAGUACUGGAAGUCUUACUAGCAACACUUACGAUGACUGGGUACCAUUUAUAGCGAAAGAUGACCUGCUUGUCUGGAAACGUCCUUAUGGAAAUGGCUUAUUCGAAUAUAAAGUGUAUGGUUCAUAUCACGAUGUAACUGCAGAGGAUUUUUUACAAGUUCAAGUCGACACGGAUUAUCGUAAGGAAUGGGACACGACAGCGAUACAGUUAGAAGUUGGGGAAAGGGAUACAGGAUCAGACAGUGAUAUUUUAUAUUGGGAAAUGCAAUGGCCGAGACUGUUUGUAAAUAGAGACUACGUUUUCAACAGAAGGUACAAAGUUUUUGAGGAUUCAAAAACGCUCAUGAUUAUCAAUAAAACAACGGAAUAUCCUCGAUUUCCUAAAUAUCCAGAUAAAUUUAGAGUUGAAGAAUACUGGUCAUGUAUGGUCAUUAAACCUUAUACGGACAUCAAACAACCUGGUAUUGAAUUCAGUUUGACAUAUUUUGACAACCCUGGCGUCAAUAUUCCAUCCAGCGUGACGACGUGGGUGGCAAAAUCGGCGAUGCCAGAUUUUCUGGCCAAACUAAGAAACGCAAGUAAAAAGUACAAAGACUACUGUUUAAACAAAGGUGUAAGUAAAGCAUGUCAGGCUCUGCAAGAAGAAGAGCGACUACGCAGAGAGGAAGAGGAAAAGAAUAAGUUAGAUUAUUGCUCGAAUGAGAGGUUGUCCUUGGUACUCUUACAGGUGUAUGAAGAUAUCCAGAGGAAAGCCAACGAAAAAUUGUUAGAAUUUAAAAGAUCAGAAAUAAUUAAAUCAGGUGCCUUAGUAAAAAAGGUUGAACAACCUGUAAGCGAAGAAAUGUCACAGUUACCUGGCACAGCUAAUUCACAGAACACCAACCAGAACCGCACAUUUUGGAAGUAUUUACACCCUUUGUAUUAUUUUACUUGACAUAUUUAUUAAGUUUCUAAAACUAGAACGAACGGUAGUCAUUUAAAUUAAAUAAGACUGUAAAUAUAUUAAGGUUGUUACAUUAAAUCGAUUAUAAAAUUGUUA